CGAAUAAUUUUGAGGAACUAGUGCCCGGUUGUCAACCGGCUAUGAAACAAAAAUAACUUUAUAUAAUAUUAUCAAAAUUAAUUAAAAGAUGCCGCGCAAUCUUAAUGCUGAGCGUGAUAAUCCCUGCUUAAAAGAGCAAGAGCUGUCUUUCAAAUGUCUAAACAAAAACAAUUUUGACCGGGAUAAAUGCGAGGUUUACUUCGCGAAUUACAAUAAUUGCAAAGAGUUUUGGAACAAAGUACGCUCCGAUCGCAGAGCACAAGGAAUCGUACCUUAUUUACCGCCCAUUGAGGAGCGCGCGGAGAUAAAGGCGGAAUACAUGAAAAGCAAACCAAAAUUGUGAUAUGUUUAUAAAUAACAAAUGAUAAAAAGUA